AUGUCUACUCUCGCCUCUGACCGGGGCUUCGAGCUCGUCUGGGUCAAUGCUUCGCCCACUGGCCCCAUCGAACGCACUCGUCACGAUCCGAGGGACUACUCGGCCACUCGUAUCCCACUCGGAAAGUCCAAAACUAUCUCUCGCUCCCCCGCCGAAACUACCGCCGCCCCCGUCAAUGACCUCGGCGACUCGAUCUAUUUCCCCGGCGCCAAGGUUGUCUCUCGCGAGCAUGCAGUCUUCGAGUGGCAGGACGGUUUCUUGAUCGUUAAAGAUCUCGGCUCGACUCACGGUACCUUUGUCGCUCGACGUCAGGCCAAAUUUUCCGAAAGCGAUGUGAUCACCGAGACAGCUCCGCUCGCUGGCAAGAAGCGGGUCGAAGGCAUCCUCACGGUUCAGGACGGAGACCUGAUUGAAUUUGGACGAGAAUGUCGUCGAUCGGACAACGUCUAUCACCCCGUCCGGUGCUACCUCCGCGUUGCUCGCCAACCCGAUCCUACUCCGAGCAUUGCUCCUUUUGCCAGGAGUGGUGCAAUCAGCGUCCCGGAUGAUGUUCUCGAUUCCGACUCGGACAUUGUAAGCAUCACCGGCGACGCUUUCAACCGCAUUCAGGUCCCCGCAUUCACUGGAGGGCUCUCGUUCCACAAGGGCAUCGACGCUACCGUGGCUCCUGUAACCCCUACGCCUAUGGCAGAGACGCUGCGCGAAGUAGUUGACCUGACCAGUGACGAUGAGGCCAUUGGCGCCAGCGACGGAGAUGGCACUUUCGACUCGGAAGUCUCGGAGGACGAGCACGCCUAUGAUUCGGACGCGGCGGCCUCCGAGGGUCACGAUGGGCUCGGUGAAGAGUUCUUCGACGACGACACCGACUCUGGAUCUGAUAUCGACGACCCCUUCGACUUUUCCACUGUCCCUUGGCGCCACGAGAUCCAUGAGGUUGCAUGCGAGCAGGAGGAGCUCCGCCGUGAAGCACUCGAUGCUCGAAGCCAGGGCGAGGCCUACAUGGCCGGAUACAAGACAGCUCAGACUCCAGACUCGCCAGCUACUUCUGUCGAAGCCGAUUCUCCACUCCUCGGCGCUGCGAAGGAAAGAAGCCUCAGUCCCCUUGCCUCUCUCUCGACGCAAGUCGAGAGCUCGGAGGUGGAGGCCUCUGCUCCUCACGAUGCUGCUUUCGCCCUGGAGGAGCCUGACAACGCUGAUCAUCCGGGCCAGGUCGCCCCUGUCUUCUCUUCGCCCCAGAAGCGAAAGCUUGACACUGAAGAAAUUACGGAUGCCACCGUAGAGAGAGCUCAGACGCUUACUGCGACGGUCUCUGCCGCUGUUGCACCUCCGACGUGCGGCGAAUCGCCGGGUACAAGCACCGUUGUUCCAGCGAUCACUUCCCUUGCCACCUCGCCCAGCAAGAAGAUGCGCUUCUCGGAUGAUAAAGCCCAAGACGACGCUGCUCCCGCCGACAGAGCUCCAUCUCGAGCCCGCAAGAUCCGAACGAUCGCAGCAAAGACCAUCCAGGUCACCAGCCUCCUCUCUGCCGGAUUCUUGGCCGGAUCGCUGUUUACUUUCAAGAGCUUGAUGAAUGCCGCUGCUGCUGCCAACGCUGCUGGACACGGCAAGUAG